AUCCGUCAGCAACCAAAUGUCCGAAAUAUAUCAAACCCGUCUCCCCCCAACAAAAAUAGGUCUGAUCCAUUUAGAAUAUCUUCUCCAAAGUGCCUUCAACAGUUGACUGAAUGUACUCAAUAUCAAAAUCGAGUAUACAAGCUGAACCCAAAAUCACAAUGAAACCAUUCGAAUCCAAGCUAGCUGAAGCAACAGCGCCACCCAACGCACAAAUCCUCGGCGUGAUCACGACAGUCGUGAACGCCAAAGGCACAGUCCUUUACCACCAACGUUCCGGCUCCCAAUCACUUUUCCCCUCCUCUCCACCCAUCGACGCGAACAGCGCCUUCUUCCUCGGCUCAGCCGGCAAAUUCAUCACGCACAUCGCCGCCCUCCAACUCGUCGAGCGCGGUCUCCUCACCUUCGACGAACCCGUCUCUAAGUAUCUCUUCGAACCCUCACGCCACCGAAAAAGGAAAUCACUCUCCGUCACCUCUUAAGCCAUUCCAGCGGUCUCUGUGUCGAAGAUGAGAAGGUGAUCCAGGAGUGGAGAAAGUCCAGAGGGGAGAAAGUGGAGGGGAGUUACCAUCCCCAAUUUUUGAAGGGGAAGGAGCCGAAAGAAGGAGAUUU